AAAACAAAAAGUGAAAGUGUUGUUGUUUCUGCACAGACGGGGAGCAGUUCAGCCUGAGAGAGAGGAAUGACAGAGACAUUUGAAACAAAUUACCAAUCUAUUUCGAACAUGGACCAGGAACAGGCCACCCUGUCCGGGAAAAACUUCUAUAUCUCGGUGUCGGGAACAACAAAUGGGGCUCAUGUUCCUUGGGUCAAAAAAUUCAGAGGCAUGGGCCACACCGAGGUCCAAUCUGAAGGCGAAAGUAACUACAUUCUGCUGUUCUGUCCCAUCGUGUCCCGAGUUGGAACAGACAUCAGUGAGGCUAUGGAGAACAUUCAACAUAGUAACAAACCAGUUAUUCUGGUGGUCAUGCAUCACACCUUCAACACUGACUACGUGUUGGCUGAAAGCAGAAGGCUGGUCAACAACCCAAAUGUCUACCUGGUUGUGGACUGUCUGUUCCACAAGGGACAGCUCCUCAACUGUAACCACAAUGACAUUGCAUUGUUUGAGAUCAAGAAGCUUCUUGGAGUUGCUUCUCUGCCUGCUCAGGGCACUAUCUGGGGCAGCUUUUACAGUUGCGUUUGCAGUUUCUUUUCUGGGUGGAGCCGAAGUCUGAUCUGUUAUUUUGCCGCCUGGAUUGGUGUCGUGGUGAUACUGAUCAUUCUGUUAUCCGUGUUUUCUACCCGGAAUAAGUAAAGUCGAGUAAAGGCCAUCAUUAACCGAGAGUUAACCAUCUGUUUACUCUCACAAUCGAAUAACCUUGAAGUAUUAGGGUGACACAUUAAUGAGUAAUGUAAUGCAUGUGAGUCAUCUUAAGAAUAUAUAAUUAAAGCUGGAUUUUUGAUCAACUUUUGAUCACUAAUCUUUUAUGGGAAGAGAAAUAAAGAAUGAUGUAACCACCUUCUCCAGUCCACUUGUGCCGACAGGGAGGAGGUUCACUUGUGUUCUGAGGUUGUUUGUUUCGUCAGCAGUCAGGUUUUUAAAUAAGCUGUAGGCAUUGCUGCCUGUACACUUU